AGAGUAGAAUCGUCAUUGAUUAAUAUGGAAAACUUAGAAAACCAAAAUUAUGUUAAUGGAUUAGAAACCUAGAUAGAAAACAGAGAGUGCCCUGAUACACAAUGGCGGAUAGCGGAGAAAGAAACCGUAGCCAAAGAAAACUGAAACAAGAGACUUCAUCAACAGGGGACAGUGGAGACUUCAUCAGCUCUAUGCCAGAUGAGAUACUCCACCAUAUUAUCUCAUUUAAUCCUACCAAACUCGCAGUUAAAACUUCCGUGUUGUCCAAACGAUGGAGGCAUGUAUGGUGCGAGACACCUUGUCUUUCCUUUGGCGUGGAAGCUACGGUUCGAGGGAUAAACCAAACCCUAAUAUCCUACAGGGCUCUGAAACUCUUAAGUUUUUUUCUUGCUAACGCCUAUUAUGUCACUUCACGCGAGAUUAAUAGCUGGAUCGAGUUCGCAAUGUCUCGCAGCGUGCAUAAACUGCAUGUGUCCUUCCAUAAUUAUACUUGUCCAGAUUUCUUCUUUCUUAGUUCCUCCUUGGAGAAACUCUACGUUAGAUCUGCUUUGAUUCCCAGAUGCACAACAGUGUCUUGGAAAUCCCUAAGAAACUUGAAACUGAGUUCAUGCAAUGUUGAAUCCAGUGAUAAUAUUCUCUCUGGCUGUCCAAUUCUUGAAACCUUGGAAUUGAUUUACUGUCUUGGUUUACCUCAGCGUCUUGAUCUGAGUAAAUCACUGAGCCUGAGGAGAUUGGAGAUUAAGUGGAGUUUCAAAAGUUCAUAUCCAGUUGAGAUUUUAGCGCCGCAUAUCCAUUAUUUGAAAUUGACAAUGUAUGAGGAACCAUGUACUUUAGUUGAUGUCUCCUCUGUGACCGAAGCUAGCCUUGAAAUUUGCAUCAGCUAUAAUUUUUUCUCGGUGGCUGAUUUUGUUCAAAUCAUGGUGCUAAAGAUGCUAGAAAAGUUGCAAAACGUAGAGAGGCUUACUUUUGGGAGAACCCUUCUUCAGAUGCUAUCUCUCGCCGAGCUCCGUGGUCUUACUUUCCCAAUGCUUAAGGUCCACACUUUGAUUGUUGAAACAAUGGUUGUUCGAACUGCUAUUCCCCCCGGUAUAACAAGGUUACUACAAAAUUCACCUGUACUGAAGAAGCUAAUAGCACAAGCAACGUGCAGCGGCUCCAUAAAAGAUCAAGAUCUUGACAACUAUUUGAGUCAACGAGGUUUGAAUCCCGAUAAAUGCUGGAGAUCAGAAUAUAUUCAGAAUGCAGCAUCCAAACUCUUCGCUUCCUUCAUGGAAUUGGUACUGAGAAACUCAAAGACACUAGAGACGAUGGUUGUACAAUUUCGAUCUCGAUAUACUCAUCCCCUUGCUUUAGAAUGUUUCGCACAACUGCUUCAGAUGCCUCCAACACUUCCUCACAACAAUAAUGUAUCUAUUGUGCUCAACCCAAAUAAUUACUCAUUAAUUGCAUCAGUGUCUUUGAUUUGA